UACUUUGAAACUUUGCUUAUUCCACUAAAGGAUGCAGGUCGAUCGGUUGUCACAUAAUUUUGAUGUAAGUUAUAAUGAAACUCCAUGUUACACUCAUUAGAUUGAGUCGAAAAUAUCUCCUUUGGUUAUCCUACGAUGUUGAUAUCGUGUAUUACUCUGCUGUGGUUGCUGUAUCCGAUUCAUCUUCAAUUUCUUAAAUCUAUUGCCUGAAUAAGUUUGGGUUGAGAUUGCUUUCUUCUUUCUCUUUUUUCUUUUGGCUUUGCGAUCGACAUCAUUGACGAUGUAGUAACUCAAUUUUGACAAUUGCUGUUUUACUUGUUGAAUGGCCGAAUCUUUGACAUUGUCAAUCGUAGAUGACAAGUUACUUUUUAAGCUUUGUUUGACAUUUUUCCCUUGGAGAAAGUCAUCCACUACAUUUACACCAGCCUUCAUGGCUGAUUGUUUGCCUGUCUCAAUGAUUCGCUGGGCUGGCUGUGAUGAAAGCACCUUUUUACCGAUAUUGGCCAUGGUUUUAGCAUAAGGGGCAAUCUUUCUAAAGAUGGAUGAUAGGAUCGAUCCAAUGCCUCGUCCAUUCUGAACAUUUCGUUUCCGAUUAUUAAACAUGACGUGAUUUGAUUUGUAUGAAACAUAUGAAUCAUGUUGUGCACAUGCCAGAUUUUUAUGUUGGUUUCUUAUAUAUCAAUCGCUCAUGAUGGCUUUCCUCAUUUUUUUUUUUUAUUUAUUUUUUAUUUAUUAUUUUUUUUUUUUUCUAACCAAUGCCAUGCUCAUGAACCUAUUUAAGAACAUGUUAUCGCUCGUCUUGGUUUAUUUAUUAUUGUCAUCCCCAUCAUGGAACAAAGCAAGGGCUAUGGUGGUUCAAAAGUUACUACUGGAUCAAUCGUGUCUGAAGACAUUGAUCUUUUUUCUAUGUUGGAUCCCGAUCCAAUAGUCAAGAGUGGACGAACUGUCACAAUUCGCCCACUCUCUGAAAAUGUUCAAGGACCAUUUCAAUUUCAUCUAGAACCUCAAGGUUCCGAACACUACCUUCAGCUCAAAUCGAUUCGAUUGACAGGAUUGGCUCAAAUUAGAACCAUGGAGGAUGGUGUGGUGCCUCUGAGUGUGAAUUUAUCGGGUGUCAAUCUCUUCCCGGCUAGUUUAUUCAAGGCCAUUGAAGUCUAUGUCAAUGAUACAUUAAUUACAGAUUUGUCAUCCGCAUUGUCACCCUACCAGAAUUAUAUUCAAACCAUUUUAUCUUACAAUGAAUCAGCUCAAAAGACACAUUUACGAGGACAGAUGUUCAUCAUGGAUGAAGCUUUCAAGUUUGACAAUCUCAAAAUAUCGAGUGAUAAUUUGGUUGAUGAUGAUGAAAUGAGUAGCGUCAAUCAAGGUUUUAAGAAGAGGAGUACAUUUUUUCGUGGAUCCAAACCCGUGGAUUUUUACAUACCAUUAUCUUCAGAUUUUCUCCAGUCUGAUCGAUUACUUCAUCCUUCCGCUAGUGUAAAAAUACGUCUAUUACGAAACACCGAUGAAUUCUCAAUUCUAAGUGACUCUGAUCAAUCGUUUCGAGUAAAAAUGUCCAAUCUGCGUAUGCACGCUCAUUACGUCGAGCUACAUGACGCUAUUGUGAAGAAACACAACACCAUGCUACUACGAGAGCCGGUUGUAUAUCCCAUCACCAGAACCGUUAUGCGUGAAUAUAAUCUCGCCUCUGGGAUAACAUCAAAGUAUAUUUCACAGCUGUUCACAGGGAAACUUCCUAAAAGUAUCGUUAUUGGCAUGGUAUCCGCUCGAUCGUUUCAUGGAGAUCAAAAACUUAAUCCAUUCAAUUUCCAACACUACAAUGUUCAAGAAUAUAGUCUCAAAGUUAACGGAGAAUAUAUUCCGGGGGAUUCAUUCAAACCGGAUUUUGAUCAUGAUCUAUACAUUCGAGAAUACAUGGAAUUAUAUCGAAACAUAGGAAUUGAUGUGUCUGAAGAUCAUGGUAAUGUAGUCACACCAGAAUUAUUCGCCAAUGGAUGCUUCUUCAUGGCUUAUGAUCUUACCGGUCAUCGUUGCAACAUGCUUCAUAAACAUACCACCAUUGAAGGCAAUGUUGAUUUGCCUCUAGUGUUCAAGAAAGCUCUACCGGAAGAAGUAAUUGUCAUUGUCUAUGCCACGUUUGAUGCCCACGUCGAAGUUUUCCAUGAUCGAGGUGUUAAAGUUAUUUUCGACUAAUCAUGUUACAAUGGUCAAAUGAUUACUCAAACAAUAGAUCCUCAUCACAUCCUCUCACUAACAUUGAAAUCGAGUUUGCGCUACGCAAUAUUUGUUCCAACUUUAACGGUGUGUUUUCGUGUAAUAAUAUUCCACAUUACAUUCGUGAUGGGUCGAUUAUUUGUAACUUAUCAAAUGAUGUUAGUCCUGGCACACAUUUUGUCACUAUAAUCAUUCAGGAUGAUUGUAUUCGUUACAUAGAUACGUUUGGUAUUCCCUGUUUCAUUCCCGAAAUCAAUAAAUUCAUGUUCAGUCUAGAUAAACCCAUUUUCUUCAAUUCCAUUCAAAUUCAGGACUUUCGAUCAUCCCAUUGUGGGUUCUAUUGCAUUCUAUUUUGUUUACAUAAUUGCAUUGAUCCAUCACUACAACUAUCAUUCGAGUCUAAUUUGAAAAACAAUGAUGAUCUUUGUAUUGCGUUUAUUUUGCAAUUGUUAAAAUAAAAACUUCCUGAUCCAGAUCGUUUUAUACUAGACACUAGGAUUGAUUCUUUAUUCGUACUAUUUCUCAAUCGGUGAUUUACUCACUCAAUCGCUGAUGA